CACCUUCACGCCCAUGAGCUUGCAACCUUCCCUACGCCACCUUCACUCUGCAAAUAUUCCUUAGAUUGCCGCUCGUCGCCGCUGUGAUCCUCAACAUCGCCACUUUACCAACGCCUACGGUCCUCGUUAUCCCUUUUAACGCGUCGCCGUUCGGCACGCCGCCAUCCUCGUCAUGGUGUCCAGGAAACGGGCGAGAGACGAGAUGGAGGCGGAGGCGGCCCCUUAUGAACCCAGUACAUUGCAGAAGCUACGCAGCAUGUGGCAGUUCUCCAACCUCAUGCAGUACAUUAAUUUGUUCGGCGAUGCCCUCAAAAUCGACAAGGAGUUUGACAUCGAGGAUCUUGAGGGUGAAUGCCUCAAGCCCCACCCCUCGGAGAAGCUCGCGAACAUCGGCUUAGCCCUGCUCAAGCAUGUGUCGUCACAUAAAGGUCUAACGCUUGACAUUUUCGAUGAAUAUGCGCGCCGCCAAUAUGUCGCUAAAGCUCCACACAUCAAUCCAUUCGGUGCAGAGGAAGCCCCGAACAAGUUCAACGAGUUCGAUAUCUUCACAAAAAUACGCGUGCUCCAACAGCUGUCGGUGUGGACUCUCAACAAUCCCAACUCAAUACGAGAGAGGAUAAACGCGUCCGACAACGAUCAGACGCUUUGGCGCAUGGAGCCAACCGGAUGGGAUUCUGAAGAGCGCGCGAUAUUCGUCCUAGAUGACAACCGCCUAUAUCGGCGGACAGACCCACCAGCCCCUCCUCCUCCCUACAAAGCAAAGUCGAAGGCGAAGUCUAGAAAGUCGAGGGGAACACGAAAUAGCAAGCGGAGGAAACAGUCAUCGCCAGAGCCCGAAGAUGUUGAGGAAGAAGAAGGGACGGCAGCCAAAGAUACAGAAGAAAAGGAAGACGACGGCUUCGGUGGAAUGAAGUGGGAAUGUCUCUGCAUUACCUUAGAAGACUACCAAGAGUUUAUGAACAGCAUCCGGAGAAGCAGGGAUCCCAAUGAGAAGGCACUAUAUGAGCGGAUUAAAGAGGACGUGCUCCCAAUAAUUCAGGCUGCGGCCGAGGAACAGGCCAAGAAGGAAGCCCGCCGCCUGAAAGAACUGGAGGUGUUGCAGAAAUUGGCUACGGCAAAGCGGUCCAGCAGAAUAUCAUCCAGGCUAGAGAAACAGAAAGAACAGGAGGAGGCGGCCGAGGCUGAGCGAAGGCGGCAAACCGAGCUUGCCAUGGCACAAGCAGAACAAGAAAAGCAGCGUAAGAUGGAAGAGGCUCGCGAAUCACGUAUGAUGACGCGCGAACAGCGCGUCAAGGAACGUGAAGCCAAGCGGAUCCUUCACGAGGAGGAACUGCGGAAACUCAAAGAAGACAGUGAGAAGCUAGACGCGAAUGAGGCUCGUCUGUCUGAGAGGCACCUCAAGGCAGAGAUGAAGCGACGUCAGGAAGAGCUUCAGAAAUUAAGCGAGGAAGAUGAGUGGGUCUUUGACUGUGAGGUCUGUGGACUAUAUGGAGAGAAUUUGGACGAUGGCUCUCACAGCAUUGCCUGCGAAAAGUGUAGCGUGUGGCAGCACAGCAAGUGUCACGGCAUUACAGAGGCUCAGGCCGAACGAGAUGACUUUCACUUCGUUUGCAAGACAUGCACCCGGAAAGAGGAAGGCGCGCAGAAACCCAAACUGCCACCUCUCAAACUGAGACUUACAUCAACCUCGCCGAAUUCCCGCCACACACCUAAAGGGAAUGGUGUCAUGUAUACGACUCCUCUUCGCCGUCUAGAUUCCGUCCAAACCCCCACCCAGCAACCGCCUAUUCCACACUAUGCUCCACGGCCAACCCCUCAACCCACGCAGCCCAUGCAAUCUUUAAUGAAUGGGCCAAGUCUUUCACCCCGCGGUCAGGCACUGGGUCCUCCUGGAAUUCAUCGUUCAGAAGUAGCCUAUGGAUCUCCGGCACAUCCUGCUAAUGGUAGCUCUUCGCCCGUAGCUCUGCGUCCAUACACCGCCAGCCAAGCCAGAGGAAUGAGUAUGGCCAACGGUUUCCCGACCUCGUCACCACCUCAGUACCAGACCCCGCGAGUUCCGUCAGACUUGCACAGCAAUUACAAUCUCCCCCAUCCGCAGGCAAACGGAAAUACAUUUGGCGCGCCGAACCCAUUCGUGCCUGCUCCUACUCUCCCAUAUGCAACCAGUUUCAAUCAGCCGGCUUCAUCUCAGGGCACAAACGUGCAGUAUCAAUCUCCUGUGAAACAUUCUCCAGCACCAUCGCCACAGCCAACGAACGGUCUUCCAAAUACAUAUAGCUUCACCCAUAGCCCGCAUUCAUCUUUUCCACCCAGCUCCGCGCAACGGCUAUCAUUCUCUCCCACUAAACAUAGCUCUCCGCCGCCGCCGCCACCCCCGCAAAUCUCAUCGCCAGCACCCGCUCUCCCUCACUUUGCACCUUCCCCAUCACAGAUGCCUGCACAGAUGUUACCGAGCGCGAUUCCUGCUCCAGAGAAGCAUGACGCCGCUCGGCCAGUGUCCAGUCACAGCAUUUCGGAGACACCAAUUCUCCCACCCAUCAAAUCGCUCUCUCCCAGCCUGAAUCCACAGAUUUUAAGUCCGCCGACAAAAAGGCAGUCCCCAACGCCCGAGAGACCACAAUUUGCACAAGUUAGUGGCAAUGGGUUUGGAGGUGCGCAGUAAUUGUCUUAGUCAUAUUUUAGCAUUCGGCGGUACUCAUUGAAAUUCUUUUCUUCGCGUUGGCUCGCCUCUUGAUACGCUGCGGUCGCGCGUGCAGCCCGUUAGCCACCUAUUGGUGCAUAAGCUUGGCGCAAACACUUCCUGGAAUUUAUAUGGUUUUGUCUUUGCUCUUUACUCUUUACCACUUCUCAUCCACACUCAAUUAGGGAUAUGAACUGGGGCGUCUGCACUACUUGCAUAGUUGAAUGGGCGGUUGGAUAGUCGGAUGGAUUGUAAGAAGGAAUGACGAAUAUUGCAUGAUUGGCGCUCAUUCAUGGAGGUGCUUGUAGGAUUCUGG